GCCAGAGCUCGAGCAUGGUUUCCAGGGAAACUGGAAAUGUGAAGCUUUUCAACAGACACAGCCACAGCCUUAAGAGCGAGGAUUGCCUAAGAUAGAUUCUUCUAGAAACAAACCUGUAGCCAGUGCAAUCAGGAUCAAUCAAAGAGGGGAGCUGUAUGCACAGAUAUCAAUCUCAAUCGGAGCUGAGAUUUGUGGCGUUUGACCCAAAUCCGAAGAAGAGUUGUGGAUAGGCUUCAAUCUGACUUUUGCUGCUGAGGUUAAUCUGCCACUUAAAUGCAGACAGAAUGGGAAGUCUUAAGGACGAGAUGAGAGGUUUCAAAGAAGAGCCCCAGCCUUGUGUGGAGACGGAUGAUGGAAUACGUGGAGUGAGCUCAGGCUGCAGUAGGUCCGCUGAGGGACAGUUGCCACACACAAGUCAAGAGUCAACAACUGGAGAGGAAUAUCAGCCAGACCUAGAGAUGAAUGUCAGCUCUGUUGAGGAAAGAGACGGAUGCCCACUGUCAAAAGAUCAAGUGCUUUCAGGAGUGGAUAACACUGAACAAUCAGACUCUGAGCAAGUUAAAGACUGUCCGCAGACCAAUGUCCUGCCAGUGGCAGCUCACACAACAGCUGCACAAGACAUCGCAACAAUUUCCAUCAACUUCCAAAACGAUGGUGAUCCUGUGGAUAACAACUUUGCUCUGGGCGAAGAAAAAGAGGCAGACAUUGAGAAUAUCUCGGUUCCUGUGCCACUGACUGCAGAUCCCUUGGACCCACGUUCCCCAGCUCCCUUCGGCCAACACCACAUGCGUACCCAGGUGAGCCUGGAGGUGGUCCAGUGCCGCUCAGCAGCCACCAGCCCCAUGACUCCUCCCGAGGGAGGCCAUUCCUUCUUCUUCCCAAGCAUCUUAGGGAACUCUGCAGGUGAUGGUGCUGACACCAAAGAUGCGGAGCUGCAGGUCUGUCACCAAGUGGAGUUCUGCUCUGUCGCGACUUCACCCAUGACCCCAAAGACACCGUCAACCACGGCUUUCCCGGUGCUUACUGGGAGAGAGACUGGGCAGAAUAAGGGCGGGGUGGAACAGAGAGGGACGGACACUGAGAGUGGCCAACAGGAGACUUUAACAGCAGAAGAAAAUACGCCUGCUUGUGUAAAAGAUUCACAGGUCUCACUAGAGGACAAUAACCAGCACUGUAAGCAGCAGAGGAUGGGAAGUAUGGAUCAAGACAUUACAAUCUUGGUGACCCACCAUGGCAAUAAUGAGGAGGAAGAAGAAGAAAUGUCUGAGUCAUAUUUCUAUUCCACUGGACCAGAGGUGGUGAAAACAGAUGAGAGUAAGGAGGUUGGAGGAAACGAAAGAAAUAUAAAGAGCGGGGAUGGAAAUGAAAAGAUCUCCGCUGAGGUUCCUGCUCGUGAAAAGGAUGAAUCAGAAGCAGACCAUUCAGAAAAACAACCAGAGGAAGCCAAAGAGAUCAUUAAAGCAAAAGAUUAUGAGGCCAGAGAUGUGUUUGAGGAGUUGACAGAAGCUCCUGUGAUGAAAGUGCCGGUCCCUGAAUCGCCAGCUCCCUUUGGCUGUCACAACAUCCGCACACAGGUGAGCCUGGAGGUGGUGCAGUGUCAGUCUGCAGCUACCAGCCCCAUGACUCCUCCUCAAGGGGAGCAAGCCUUCUACUUUCCCAGCUCGUUUGGGAAAUGUGGGUCCACGGGGACAGAUACUAAAGAUGCUGAGCUGCAGGUGGGUACCCAGGUGGAGUUUCGCUCGGUGGCCACAGCACCCAUGACUCCAAGAACUCCAGUUGCCACGACUUUCCCUGAGAUCAAGAAGGAGGCCAGCAUAGAGGAGAAGAUUGUGGAGGAGGUGGAUGAGGAGGAGGACGGGGGAAAACAGAAGCAAAUGACGGAAGAUAAAGAUGAAGUGCUUGAAGAAGUGGAGGAGGGGGAAAAGGAGGUUCUGAACGGUGAGGAGAAGUGCGAGGAGCCAAUACAGGAGGUGAGCUGGGAUGAAAAAGGAAUGACCUGGGAGGUGUACGGAGCUGUGGUGGAAGUGGCUGUGCUGGGCUCAGCCAUCCAGAAACACCUGGAGAAACAGGUGUUGAAGCAAAAGAAGCAGUCCUCCAUGCCUCCCCCACCUCCACUCAACCCAUCAGCCACCCCCCUCACUUUGGAAGGGGGUCCAGGUAAGAGCUGCGCGGGGAAGAGAAGGGAGCAGGACGGGAAAGUGAGCAGGCGCAGGAGAAAUCCCUUCCGUCUGAUGAUGGAGAACAUGCAGCAGCCGCACUGCUGCUCCAGAGCUCAGACCAGUGAGUGACAGCAGAGCCCUUUCGUUCUAUCUGCCACAGCUGGCUGGAGAAUCCCAUCUGAAACAUGUGGCUGUUGCUACAGCAGGACAUUGUUUUAAAGGGGGGAGAAACAACUCGCCUCCACACACAAGACAAACCAGCACAAAAGCAUAUGAAGCAUUAAUCACAGAGAGAGAGCCAUACUAUCUUUUUCAUUUUGAUCUUUUCUUUUGUCUGUAUAUUCUUCGACAUCACUUCUGGGCUUUUUUUGUGCAAAAUACAAAGCGACACAUUAGUGUCAUUGUUUGCUUAGCUUCUCUACUUUAAUGUUUUAAAAUGUAGGCCGCCAUUCAGUUGUUUUAGCUCUUAAUGCUUUUUUUAAUGCACAUCAGACAAUAUGAAGCCAUGGAAACCAGCCCUCCUUCACCUGACAGCGAACAGGCUUAACACAGCUGAGGGAGAUAAUGACGAUCAGACCUCGUGGUCUGUUUGAGCACAGUGGAUGUAUGAACAUUUAAAUAUUUGCAAGAGGAGUCAGUUUAUGAUCCAGGCUUUUGUAUGUCUAAUAUUUUGGUCUUUGCUUUGAUUUGUUUGUAUAGUUAUAACAAUGAUUAACAGCAUAAUGAAAGCGCGCACAAUCAAUUUUUCAAACAAUGCCUCGCAUUGGGAUGUUUUUUUAGACAAUGUUACCUACAAAAUUUUUAUGCCAUGAGAAAUAGUCCAGUUGUGAUCAGUGUGGUGGAUAUUGUUUAAAAUGUGUUUAAAUAAUGAGAUUGUUGGUGUCGGUGAUGUUGACGUUUGUUUAUUAGCCCAACAAAAAUCCACUUUUGAAGAAAGACAUUUUAUUCACAGAUUGCACAUGUGAUACAUUCAUAUUGUUGUCAGUAAACAGCAAAAUAAUGUUUACAAGCAGCUGUUUGCAGAAAGCCAUGAAGUAACUCUGUAUGGGUUAUCAUCGUAGCUGCAAGAGCUUAAAAGGAAAAGCAAGUAAAACACGAUUUUGGCUGUCAUGCACUUGUAAAGGAUCAUACACUGACAUUGCGCAUCUUGAUCUUGUAAAAUUCUUCCUCUUUGAUUUAUUUUCUAGUGGCAUCUGCUGCAACGAAUAUCAGCAUUUUGUGAUGACAAAACUUAUAUACAUUUUAUUUCAAAGAGAACGUUUUGAACAACUGUUGAAUACAUUUACAAAAAUAAAGUGGUUAAUGUGUGCUUAUAAUGAUCAUCUCACUUUUGUCCAAAUGAUUUUUUUGCAUGUAAUCUUGCAAAACAUAUUCUGCUUGAUUGUAUUAAUGAUGAAUGUCUGAAAGAAAGUUUUUUUCUAUCUUAUACCCAGUUGCUAAAAA